AUGCUGUCGCUGGCUGACGACUCUGCCCUGGAUCAUGCGCCCACUUCUGGGGACAAUGCAGCUGUGCGUGGCCAUGCAGGCGUGGGGCACGCUGGGGACAUGCAGGCGUGGGGCACAUGCAGGGAGUCACUGGGGAAGCAGCCCAGAACCCGGAGAGAGGUCAAGGACCUGCUGGCUUUAGAUGGGAUCCAGCCGUUCAACAGCCCACGGGCCUCACCCGUGGGGCUGGCCCCCAAGGGAGACGGGAUGAUCUGGUUCUGUGGGGGCCAUCGGAAGCUUGAAGCCAUCGCAGUGUCUGACGCCGACCCCAUGCCUAGGCCUGGGGAGAGCCUAGACAAGCUGAGGGGGAUGGAGAACGUGGCCCUGGCAGACACUGAUGACAUGGGCAUCUUUAGCCAGCCCUGGGAGGAACAGCAGGAGGAAGCCGGCCGGGCCCCACGUGCCCCUGCGAUGAACGUCAGCCAGGGAGCGGGCACGGUGCCCUGCAGCAGCCUCCCACCCACCGAGGGCAGCUGUGGGUGGGGCCCCUGGGCCAACGGGACCGAGGGGGCCCUGCAGCUGCCCACCUUCUCCCCCGCCGCCAAGGCCCGCGUCAUCCUCACCUUCGUGCUCCUCACCCUCUCGGCCACCGGCAACCUGGCGGUGCUGUGGGCGGGCGCGGGCGGGCGGCGCGGGAAGCUCUCGCACGUCCGCGUGCUCCUGCUGCACCUGGCGGUGGCCGACCUGCUGGUCACCUUCGUGGUGAUGCCGCUGGACGCCGUCUGGAACAUCACGGUGCAGUGGCAGGCGGGGGACCUGGCCUGCCGCCUCCUCAUGUACCUCAAGCUGGUGGCCAUGUACGCCUCAGCCUUCAUCACCGUGGUGAUCAGCCUGGACCGCCAGGCUGCCGUCCUGCGCCCGCUGGCCAUCGCCCAGGCCCACACGAGGAACCGCCUCAUGCUGUACGCGGCCUGGCUGCUGAGUGCCGGGCUCUCCGUGCCCCAGCUGUUCCUGUUCCACACAGUCACCAUCCGCUCCCCGCAGAACUUCACCCAGUGCACCACGCGGGGCAGCUUCCCCCGGCGCUGGCACGAGACGGCCUACAACAUGCUGGGCUUCGCCUGCCUCUUCCUCCUGCCCCUGCUCAUCAUGGUCUGCUGCUACUCCCGCAUCCUGCUGGAGAUCUCCCGCCGCAUGGGCUCCAGCCUCUUCUCCAAGGAGGUGCCCCUGCGCCGCUCCACCAACAACAUCCCGCGGGCGCGGCUGCGUGUGCUGAAGCUGAGCCUGGUCAUCGUCAGCUCCUUCAUCGUGUGCUGGACGCCCUACUACCUGCUGGGCCUCUGGUACUGGUUCUGCCCCCGCGCCAUGCAGGAGACGGUCUCGCAGUCCCUCACCCACGUCCUCUUCAUCUUCGGCCUCCUCAACGCCUGCCUGGACCCCCUCACCUACGGCCUCUUCACCAUCCCCUUCCGCAGGGGGCUGGGGCACUGCUGCCGGGGGGGGCACGCAGCGGGGCCCGAGCCCUGUUCCCCGCCAACUGGAUCCUCGCGCUGCUCCGCCACCUCCUUGCACGCCAAGCGGGGCACCACGGCCCCCCCGGCGCACGAGACGCCCGCAGCCCAGAGCCACCUGGGCAAUGGGGCCGGCAGCGUCGACAGCAGCUACCUGUGA